AUGGCCGUGCAGCCAGAUUCAAAUCACAGUAGUAAGUUCUUCAGAAAAGAUUACAUAGCGAUAGAUGGAACCAAUGCCUUCUACAAGGUCCACCUGGAGAGAAGGAGUUGGGAGACAGCCAGGCUGGUCUGUGAGGCUGAGGGGGCGAGCCUCUUCUACCCAGUUGACGAGGAUGAGGCCAGGAUUGUGAUGCAGCAUCUGAGGCAGACGGUCGGGGUGUUCAACCGAGUUUUUAUAGGAAUAUCGACGCCGUAUUCCAAGUACAUCUUCGAAACUGUUGAUGGUACAUUGAUGGCAGACGUGUACGACAAAUGGAGACCAAGUCAACCAGAUGAUUGCAACGGUACUGACGACUGCGUUGUUCUAGACGCCUCCAACGGUCUCCUAGAUGACUACCCGUGCGAUGCCAAGUUGCAGUUCAUCUGCAAGAAGACAGAGUCAUCCCUGAAGUGGAAUACCCUCUGUGACAGUCCUGACCCAGAUUACGAAUUCGUGGACAUCCUGGGAAGAUGCUACAAGCUGCAUUUAACACCCAGGACGUGGAGCGACGCGUACGCCGUGUGCCGGAUGGAGCAGUCUUACUUGGCCAUCCCCAAUACACAAGGAGAAGCGAAGUAUUUGGCAAAGCUGAUGGACAGAGCUGCUUUACAUAAAGAUAUUGAGUACUCCGGUGUGAUACAUCUUGGGUUCAAGAAAACUGGUACUUGGAAAACUACAUAUGGUGUUCCUCUAUACGAUAGCGGCUACAAGAACUGGGCUAAGGGACAACCUGAGGGCAACGACAAUAUCUGCGGCUCCAUGUCCAACGACACUUUACUCAGUGGCGUCAACUGUGAAGACAAAGCCAUUUUCAUAUGCGAACAUGAAAUAAGCCUGCUCAAGUUGAGUAUAGACACAAGAUUCGGAACAGUCGACACAUAA